AUGGAAAAUGUGCGGGUUUCUAGUGUAAAACUUGUACUUCUAGGAGAAUCAGCUGUGGGAAAGAGCAGUCUUGUUUUACGUUUUGUUAAAGGGCAAUUUGAUGAUUAUCGAGAAAGCACAAUUGGGGCGGCAUUUCUUACACAGACACUAUGUCUGGACGAAACAACUGUGAUUAAAUUUGAAAUAUGGGAUACUGCGGGCCAAGAACGAUAUAGGUCUCUUGCACCGAUGUAUUAUCGGAAUGCAGACUGUGCAAUUGUUGUAUAUGAUAUUACACAGACGGAAUCACUAGACAAGGCAAAAUCAUGGGUAAAAGAACUGCAUCGACAAGCUUGUGGAAACAUUGUAAUUGCUUUGGCUGGGAACAAGGCAGAUCUUGCAUCUCGACGAGCAGUUGAGACGAGCGAUGCACAGGCAUAUGCAGAAGAAGCAGGACUUAUUUUUUUUGAAACAUCAGCUAAAGAUGCACAAAAUGUAAAUAACUUGUUUCAAGCUAUUGCCAAGAAGCUACCCUUAGAACACACAACCUCAAAGCCACGUAGUUCAGGAUUAACACGAGACGUUGAUUUAUCUCGACGAUCAUCUAUUGCAAAUACAUCAUCGACUUGCAAUUGUUAA